AUGCCUAGCGAUCAGGUUCAAACUUUGCCAUAUGCAGAGCCUCAGUUUUGGACCGGACAGAGUCUCUCUUGGUCGGUGAUGGCGCGGGUUGACGGGGAGACGUACAGCUUGAUGAAUGGGAAGAAUGCAGGAGAUGAUGAUAUUUUCCCGGCUAUCGUUUCGAGUGCAGAAUAUACUUCCACUCACUCAAUAUUUACUCUGUCUGCUGGCCCGGCGACUUUCACCCUUGAUUUCUUUUCACCUGUGUCGCCUUCCAAUCAUCUCCGACAGUCUCUCCCGUUCAGCUAUCUGACGGUGUCUAUAUCGAAUGCUGCUGCCAACAGCAUUCAGAUUUAUUCCAGCAUUGACGACCGAUGGGCAGGAAAACAGGAAAACUCCAACCGAAACUUCCAGAAGAAAAACACUACAGCUAUCUUCUCUCUUGGGGUUAAUAAUUCUGUCCUGUAUGAAGAGCGUAGUGAUAUGGCAACAUGGGGCCAGGCUAUAUUUGCGUCUCGUCCAAUACCCACUUCCAAUCUUUCCUUUGCCUCUGGAACGAGCGAGAACGUGCGCUCCCGCUUUAUCAGGACAGGGCACUUAGAUGGAAACGACCAUUGGCUUCCUGGAGGAAUUGUAGCUCUAUCUCAUAACUUAGGAACAGUUACUAGCAGUCAAUCCGUCACAUUUGCUGUUGGUUAUGUGAGAGAGGAAGCAGUCAAUUAUCUUGGGACGCCAUAUACGGGAUACUAUAGAGCCAAAUACCCAGGGACACCUGAGGCAGUCACCUAUUUCCUGGACGAUUAUCAGGAUGCUCUCCAGGAAUCGCUGAAGUUUGACUUAGAGCUGUCUACUAAAGCUAAAACAAUCGCAGGUCAGAAGUAUGCGGACAUUGUUACCUUAUCGACCCGUCAGGCUUAUGGAGCUAUUGAUCUGACUAUUCCUAAUGAUUCACUUGAUAUCGAUGAUACCCUGGCGUUUGUGAAAGAGGUCUCCAGCGAUGGCAAUCUCAAUACUGUUGAUGUUAUUAUGCCUGCCUUCCCCCUAUACUACGCCAUGAAUCCUGACUACAUACGAUUAUUGCUAGAGCCUAUGAUGAGGUACCUUGCAGCGGGGCGCUGGCGGGAGCCGUAUGUAAUUCAUGACAUGGGCUCCCAUUACCCCAAUGCUACUGGUCAUGACAACCAACAAGCCGAGCCAAUGCCGAUUGAGGAAUGCGGUAACUUGAUGAUCCUAGCACUAGCAUACGUGCACGCAACCGGCGAUAGAGAAUGGGUGGCCAAGUACCAAGAUAUCAUGAGACCCUACGCGGACUAUCUGGUUGACAAUGGUGUUGACAUUGCGGAGCAGCUAUCUUCCAAUGAUGCUGCAGGGCCUCUUGCUAACGAGACAAACCUAGCCAUUAAGGCUGCAGUGGGAAUUAAGGCAUUCGGUCAAUUGACUGGGCUUACUGAGUACUCCCGUAUUGGCAAGGAACGAGCAGACCUCUUCUUCAACCAGCGGCUUGGAACCGAUGGGCAGAAGACACACUUCGUGCUACAAUACCCAGACAAACCCGCCUCCUGGAAGAUCCCAUAUAAUUUAUACCCAGAUGUACUGCUUGACCUUGGCACUUUUCCUCCAGAGGUUCAUCACAUGUCAAGCACAUUUUUCAAGUCAGUUCGAGGAGAGUACGGAGUUCCUCUUGAUAGCCGACAGGACUGGGCCAAAUCCGACUGGAAUAUCUGGCUAGCUGCCACUUUCGACUUGGACACCCGAGACGAAUUUGUGGAAGACCUGUGGACGUUUAUGACCAACGGAAAGCAUAAUUGGCCUUUCUCUGAUCGUUAUGUUGCCACAUCAGCUCAAGGGGCAAAUCCCGGGGUGCCCAUCUUGUGUCGUGCUCGGCCGACAGUGGGUGGGCAUUUUGCGCUGAUGGCUUUGAACGGGCCCGGAUCUCUUUGGAGCGCUGCGUCCGGCGCUAUGGAAUUACCCGACACCAUGGAUGAAGAGGGCUUUGAGACGCAAAGAGAAGAGCUGUGA